AUGUCACCAGCCCCGGUCACCCCGGAGAUGCAGCAGGAUCUGCACCAUGACCAGCUCCAGGCCGUGGGCAAAGCUUUCGAUGCGCUGCUACUAACCGUAUACCGACUCAGCUGCAGGACCAAUGAACUGAGGGAAAGGUCCUCAGAAAUCCACCACGAGCUCCUCGAGGUCCUGAACCAGAUGCCCGGGGAACAUGUACUUCCCUUUGAGGGCAUUUCGAAGAAGUUCCUUGCCUUGAAUCGGCAUUCCAACGACUCCUCAGUCGAGACCCAGUCCCUAAGUCCAACGGAUGUAAUCAAGACGCUCACGGACAACCAAAACGUAGACGAAAACACACUCAAGGCCAUCGUGGCCGGCUUUAAGAGCUGCAAGUCUCUGAUUCGCUCCCAGGGCAGCCUCCAGGAUAACUCGUGCAUCCUGGCUCGCAGCCCGAGUCCAUCUGUUCCGCUGGAGGAAGACUUCACCACCAACGGCACCCAGGGCAACCUGCGCUGCCCCCUUUCCAAAGCUAGCCGGGCGCAUUCGGAGGCAGAGAACGGGAAUGGAGAUUUGCCAAAAGUCCAAAUUGGGGACACCUGUGGCCAUGAAGACUUGGACCCGAUCAAAGCCGAGCAGGAAGAGCGACGGUCCAGUCACACCCCGUCUAUCAGGUCGUCUAACAACCAAUGCCCCGUGUCCCGAUGUCCCAUCCGCUUCUUGGACCAACACUCCCCGGAGGAAAUUGCGGAAUAUGUGGAGCAGCACAAACAUGAGAUCCCGCGCAGCCAUGCCAUCUGUGUCAAGCGGUACCAGCGCGACCCGCAGAACAUGCGGCAGCUUGAUGCCAAAUAUGGAGGCCUGAUCAACAUGAUUAACGGUCUCAGUGUCAAGCACCAGGCAUUCCUGCCUAACCGCCAGACAGAUGGCGAAGGCGGAGGUGAUGUCCCAGGUUCUGCGUCGCCUGAACUCGUCGAGAAAUGGGCCGACGACGUGGACCCGGUCACCCCGGGUCUACAGAACGAGGACGAUAAUAGACAGGGCCACUUCGACCGUCCCCUGCGUGAGGUCCGCGUCGGGGAAUCCCCAAGCCGGCCUUGGGGUAUUCCUGUCCCCUUCACCCAUCCACCCCCGGCCUCGGUGCCGUUCUCCGGCUCCGUUGAUCCUCCACCCAAACCCUCUGAAACCACCGAACCACCUACUAAACCGGCUGGCCGCUGUCCCUUUGGUCAUGAUGCUCCGAAACCGAGCGCAGAGACUGCCGAGUCCGAGCUUCCCGCGGCCCAGGGCAUCAAGCUGGAUGCCGGGGCCCCGAAACCAAAAGCGCAAGAACUAGACACGGCUCAAAGCGAAGCAAACUCGGUCCCGGCGAAUGUCACAUUUAACGGACCGGUGUUCUUUGGCUACAGCGCCGAGCAGACAGCCAGUCUGAUGCAGCAGCUUGGCCUCUUGGGGAAAUCGUGA